AUGGCGCGACAGGAAUCGCUCGAAGGCGAGCCAUGGCUCAUCGUCGAGCCUGACCCUGGUUCCUUGUCGCAACUAUGCUCCAACAUGGGUGUCCAAGGCGUUCAAGUGGAACAGAUAUGCUCUUUGAACCGGGGCAUGCUUCACGAUCUCAGGCCAAUUCACGGCAUCACCUUAUUAUUGCAUCACAAACCUGAAAGAUCUCACAGAGACGAUGGAUCUACUACAACAACCCACGCUAACAACGUUUACUUUGCCAAUCAGGUGGUUCAUGAAGCCUAUGCCAUCUAUGCACUGCUUAGCGUAUUGAUGAAUUGCAAUGAUGACACGGUCGAUUUGGGCUCGGAAUUGAUCAACUUGAAAGAAUUUACUGAUGAUUUUCCACCAAUGCUCAAGGGGCUCAGUGUGACGAAUAGCAAGAUACUCAAGGAUGCACAUAAUAGUGUUGCAAGACGUCAACAAAGGCGGCUUAUGCGCGGCGAUGACAUCUAUCACUACAUUACUUAUAUACCAAUUGAUGGAUACCUAUGGGAAUUGGAUGGAUUCAAAAGAGGACCUCUUCGAUUAGCAUCCUGCACAGAAACAGGUUGGAUUGAUACGGCGCGUACCGAGUUACAACGCAAGAUUGAACUGUACCAGCGACAACAGAUACCCUUCACGAUAUGGUCCGUGGUUGAGGAUAGACGACGUGUAUAUCAACGCCAAUUAGCCGCCAAAGCGUAUAUGAAAAGAGCCAUCGAACAACAUCUCGAAGCACACGAUCCAAGUUGGCGAGUUCCGUUACGUGCACAACAAUGGGAAGAGGAAUACAAACAUGCAUUGGAAGCUGAAAGAUGUAAGCGCGGAACAGACAUAUAUUCCACCCUUGAUACUUGGAUGUUCGAGGCAUCAGCAGCAACUCCAGCAAUGACCACCGAAUCACACUUGUUGACAAGCAGUGACCUUGUUGAUCUUCAAGCUCAAAUUGGCUUCAAUACCCAAGGACGAUCAUUGGAAGAAAUAAUGGAUUUUUGGCUCCAAGUACAAGAUGAUUCUCUCAGGAUUUACAAACAACUAGGAGAAGAAUGCGAAAAGCAACAAAAGUAUCAGGAUGAUGUGAUUCGACGACAGCAUGAUUAUACGCCAUUCAUCAAAGCAUAUUUACAACGACUCUUGGUUCAUGGCCAUCUUGAACGGAUGAUUGCUGAUUUAUCCUAG